CUUCACAACCCCACAAAUUUCAUAUCACAACCUUAUUAAAAAUGGUUGGUCCUUUUAAUGAAUAUUACCAACAUCAACAACAGCAAUAUCCUUACUAUAAUUAUAAUAAUUAUAAUAAUAAUAAUAAUAAUAAUGGGUUAUGUUAUGAUGAUGAUGAAACAGAUUAUAUGUAUUCAUCAUCAUCAUCAACAUCAUCAUACUCAUCUGUUGAUUGUACUCUUUCUCUUGGUACACCUUCUACUCGUUUAACUAAUCAAAAUAAUGUUAAAACUACUACUACGACUCCUCAUCGGAAUAGUGUUUCUUCUUUUUGUUGGGAUUUGCUUCAUCCUAAGCAAUCUAAUUCUAAUUCUAAGUCUUCGUCUAGUCGUAGCGGUGGGAAUAACCAUUCUUCGGCUGCUGGGAAUGCCGCUGAUCCUCUUUUUGUUCGCCGUUGUGCUAACUGUGAUACCACUUCUACUCCUCUUUGGCGUAAUGGUCCUCGUGGUCCCAAGUCAUUAUGCAAUGCUUGUGGAAUAAGGUUUAAGAAAGAAGAGAGAAGAGCAGCAGCAGCAUCAACAACAGGCGCAAGCAACAAUAAUGUAUCAACAAAUGGAGUGAUGGACCCACACCAUGGAUACUAUAAUGGAUCAUGGGGACAACAAUACAAUCAAACAACCCCUCAAAAGAUGCAAUGUUAUGGAGCUCCAAAUGAAUUCAUGUUUAUGGAAGAUGAACGCAGCUCAUCAGACACUGGUAUUCAGUUCCUUUCAUGGUUAACCAAUGACAGACCAAGUGGUCUUGUUCAUGACUUCACCCGCUAAAAAUAGAAAACAUAAAUGGAUUUAUAUCUAUUUAUAGUAAGUCAAUUCAUUAGUACAAUGAUCUAGCUAGCCAGCCAAUGAUCUCGGAAAAAGGGAAGAGGCCAUGCAAAGACGACGACGUUUCAUGGAUUACAACACUUUUUUUUUUCUAAUUUUUCUUGUUGGUGAAUGAUGGUGAUGUUUAUGAUUCUCUAACCUUAUUACUCAUUAGGGUCCUCCAACAUCUUCCUUUUCCUUUAUUAUUAUUUUUUAAUUUAAAAAAAAAAGAAAAGAAAACCCUUUGAUUUUCUACUUUAAUUAAUUUUCUACUUUAAAUUUAAUUUUAGAUUUUAGACUAGAAGAUAGAGUGCAAAUGGGAUAAUUCUAUGAUGUUGGUAGCUAGAUCUUUCUUUUUGAGCUUUUUUUUUUUUUUUUUUUUUUGGGUUUUCACCCUUUUGU